AUGAAUCUAAACCAUUCAGAAUUCAAAGAUCAACUUCCAUCUCCAUUGAUUUGUCGUAUAUGUGGCGAUGUAGCACGUGGUCUAAAUUUUUCAGUUAUUUCAUGUAUGUCAUGUAAAAUGUUUUUUCGACGACAUGCACUAUUAUCACUACUAAAACAACAGUGUCAUUUUGAUGAUAAUUGUAGUAUAACACGAAAAACACGAAAAUGUUGUUUACCGUGUCGAUUAAAAAAAUGUUUUCAAACUGGAAUGGACGUACAAUUAAUUCGUCAUUCUCAUGAACGAAAGAAAACAAUCGAAUUAUCAAAGCCAAGACCCCUUAGUUUGCUUGAAAAUGAUCGUUCAACAUUAACGCCAGAUGAAUGGAAUCUCCUAUCGAAUAUAAUUAAUGCUUAUGAUGAACAAAAUUUAUGUAGUCGAACAACAGAUUUUCUUAAAAAUCAAUUUUCUUUACCACCUAAAAUUCGUUCUAAAAACUCGAAUACUCUUAAUUAUAUUGGAACUUUAUUUUCAAAUAUGUAUAUAUUUAUUGAACGUUGUCCUUUAUUUUAUUCAUUACCUCUUAAUUUUCGUCAAGCAUUGAUCAAACGUAAUUUAAAUGCUGUUGGUAGUUUUAAUGCAUUUUUUCUUGCUAAAGAAAUGAAUAUAUUUGAAAAUGAAGCAUGUUCAAAAUUCAUUGAUAAUAUUUAUGGUUAUGGUUAUUCAAAUAGUGUUAUUCAAGCAAGUCAACGUUUACAACAAAAUGGAACAUUAAUUAAAAUAAUGUUAAUGAUUAUGACAUUUUCAAGUAAUUGUGCUCCUGUUACAAUAAAUUAUACUGAAAAUAUUCAAAUAAUAUUUAAUCCAAAAAUUUUAAUAAAUAUACAAGAUAUAUUUGUAACUAUGUUUUGGAAAUAUUUAAUUUAUCAAUAUGGUUUUAAUGAAGCUACAAUAAGAUUUUUAUCAUUAGUUCAAAGUAUUUUAGAUAUGAUUCAAAGAAUGUAUAAAGGUUUAAAUAUAGAAAAACAUUGGACUAUGGUUGAAAAUACCGUUGAACAAACAAUACAUUCAUUAAGUUUAGAAAAUAAUUCAUCAUGA